AUGGUCCGACUCACCCAUGUGGUGGGCAAAGAUCUGGCCUUUCCAUGGCUCGGCUUCUCUGAGAAAUGCUCGCUUCCCAGGUUUGUUCUGCAAAUGGAGUCACGCCUUCCAGUUGCAGAGGAUCAAUCAUGGCAGGAACGAUCUGACCGCCAAGCACCAGCCGAGUCUGAAGAUCCGCUCAGAGCAAUACCAGCUCACGUUGCGGAUUUUCUCCUGGAAAACUAUAUCUCGAGACAGAUGCCCCAACAUCCCAUCUUCUAUGAGCCCUGGCUUCGAUCAUGCCAUUCCGCCGUGAUACAUCAUACGGGACGAGAUGGCGAAAUGAUUUCUGCCGCAACCCCCUACGAGAUAUAUACGAUAAGUCUGAUCAUGGCCAUAUCAUUAUCGACAGCAGCUCGGGCACAAUUUGCCCGCGUCAAUAGCAUGGCAUUCGAGCUGUUUAACCACGCCAAAACCUAUAUCCCAGAGGUCUUGACAAACGAUUUCGUUGGACUACAGGCCAUCGUGCUUCUGUAUACCUAUGUGAUGACGAAUCCCGCCGCUGCUAAUCUUUAUCUCAUGGGCAGUUACAUGAUGCAGGCCUGUAUCGACCUUGGUCUUCAUUACGAGCAACCCGACGAUGACAUCGACCUUAUUACACUUGACCUUAGGCGCCGCGUGUUUUGGACAGCCUGGUCUGUGGACAUCUCGUGUAGCACGGUUUUCCGGAGGAAGCCUACGCUCCUAGCAAAAGACAUUGCUGCUGGCUACCCAAGCGAGCUUGAGGAUGGCGCGAUCCAUUCAACACAUAUAGACCCCAACGGCAGACGAUCCAAAAUCAUGUUUACUGGAACUUUAGAAUUCCGACACGUCACUGCCGAGUUGAACUCUGUUCUCUCCAAUACACACGCGCUGCCUCCCACAUUCGGGCCGCUUGAAACAUGGAUGGAUACCAUGGAGAAGCGAAUUCAUACUUGGGCCACACAAAUUCGUCAGGACGCAGAGGCCAAUACGGACCCAAGACUAGCCGCACAAUGGACCGAGAUGUCAAUAUUCUGCGACAUCUCCGAACCUCUCAUCAUCCUCACCCUAUACCGCCCUUGCCCUCGCAUCAAUCAUCCGAAAACACACAAUUUGAUUAAAGCAUUCUACGCCAGCAUCGGGGUGGUGCGAGGCUACAUGCGACAGACGAAUGCGGAGUUUGGAAGUUCAAAAUACAUCUUCCACUCCUGUCAUCAUGUUUUUUCUGCUGCCAUGGUCUUUCUACAUACUCUGCGAGAAUGCCCAAGCCUUGUCGCUUCGAUGUGCACUCCUACUGAACUGGAAGAGUACAUGUCUUCCUUUUCCGACCUUUUCUCUCUACUGGCUCCCAAAUGGCCUGCAUCUUUAAAAUGUCUGGAGGAAUAUCUGCGACUCCUCGAGCCACUCAAGAAACGCAUAUUGAAUGUCUUUCAACACUCAACGUCCCGAACUCCUGUCGACUUGCACGAAAAUAACGAAGCGUCCAUGUUCAACGACAUAGAUUAUUCUAUGAUGGACCCCUCGCAUUAUGUAACCUCAGCCUUUGAGAAUUGUGACGAUACUAUUCUGGCCGAUCAUCUGCCCGAUUAUGGAUCUGUCCCACUCGAUUGGGAUCAAUAUUUUGAGUUCCAAACCUGCUAG